UUGGCUGGACUGCGGGGGGUCACGCGCCGGGGUAUCCCUGUCCGAAGCCAUGUGGGCGAGGCUAGUGGGGACUCCAGAGCCGUGGCUGCUCCUCGCUGGCCCGAGAGUCCGCUGGUCGCUCGCCGCGCUAGCGCCCGGGGGCGGCCGCAUGGAAGAGCCUGGCCCGGGGAGCCUCGAGGCGGGGGACGCGCCCCCUGCGGCCAAGAGACGGCGGCUGCUGGCCGGGGAGGAGAAGCGGCCGGGCCGCGGCGAGCGCUACGUGCCGCCCCCGGGGAAGCGCAACCCCGGCGUGAGCUUCAGCGAGACGCACUUCGCCGAGACCCACUACUACUUCGAGGGCGGGCUGCGCAAGGUGCGGCCCUACCACUUCGACUUCCAGACCUACUGCAAGGGCCGCUGGGUGGGUAAGAGCCUGCUGCACGUCUUCAGCACCGAGUUCCGCGCCCAGCCCAUCGAAUACUACCGGGCCGCGGCCAGCGCCGGCCGCCUGCGCCUCAACGAGCAGCCCGUGCGGGACCUCGGCAUCGUGCUCAAGAAUAACGAUUUUCUGAGGAAUACAAUGCAUCGCCAUGAGCCUCCAGUCACUGCUCAGCCUAUCCGGAUCUUGGUAGAGAAUGAUGAGGUGGUUGUCGUGGACAAACCCUCAUCUUUACCUGUACACCCAUGCGGCAGAUUUCGACACAACACAGUCAUCUUCAUCUUGGGCAAAGAGCAUAACUUGAAGGAGUUGCACACUAUUCACCGGCUUGAUCGCAUGACUUCUGGUGUGCUUAUAUUUGCCAAGACUGCAGAAGUGUCUAAGAGGAUUGAUGAGCAAAUUCGGCAGAGACAGCUGGAAAAGGAGUACGUCUGCCGCGUGCUUGGGGAGUUUCCAGAAAAUGAAGUGACCUGUGAGGAACCCAUCCUGAUUGUUUCUUACAAAGUGGGGGUGUGUCGUGUGGACCCCAAAGGCAAAUCCUGUAAAACUGUCUUCCAAAGGCUUAGUUAUAAUGGCAAGACCAGUGUGGUCAAGUGUUUUCCAUACACGGGUCGCACCCACCAGAUCCGGGUCCAUUUGCAAUUCCUGGGAUAUCCGAUUGUUAAUGACCCCAUCUACAAUAUGGAGGCCUGGGGCCCUACUAAGGGUAAGGGUGGUGAGAUUAAUAAAACCAAUGAGGAGCUUCUCAGGGCUUUAGUGGAAGAACAUCGUUCCAAACAGAGUUUGAGCAUCUUGGACAUUUCAGAGGAGGACCUGAAGCCUAUUGUGGGAAGUGAAGAAUGUGAUCGUUCAGGUUACUGUACUAAGCCAGUUGAGAUUACGUCCAUAAGCGCAGACUCCUGCAGAACUGAGGUGUCUAAGGAUCAGAAAGAAGCUGAAAUACUGGCUUGUUCACCAAAUUCUGAUACCAGACCAGAAACAUAUGAAGCAAACCCUGAAGGAGCUAGUUCAAGUGGGAAUCCAGCUGGAGCAAACCCUGAAGGAGCUAGUUCAAGUGGGAAUCAGGCUGGACAUACAGAAGAAAAGGACCCUCUGUGUGAAGAGUGUAAAAUAGUAAGGCAGGACCCAUCUCCUAGGGAGCUGGUGAUGUACCUGCAUGCCUUACGCUACAAGGGAGCAGAGUUUGAAUACAAUUCCAAGAUGCCAGACUGGGCUCUAGAGGACUGGGAUGAGAGCCAAGACUAGAUACUGAGACUCUUGUGUUUCAUUUUAGUUUUGUUGGAAGGAAAGUAUUUGGUAAAGUCCUGAACUUGUGUGGUAAAAAUAUCUCAUUGGAGCUACUGCGAUCUUACAUCAUUAUUUAUUGUGUUGUGCGUGGAUUGCUUGUGAAUUUUGAGGAGGUGGGAAGAGUUCUUCCUGAUUAGUCUUGAGAACUGUUUCCUAACAAUGAACCUGCUGACAGCUACUGAAGGGAGAGAUGGUUAAUCCAAGACACCUUAACUGUUUUCCUUUAAGAUAGUAACAGUGAUGGGUAAAAAAUACUACUCAAAGGUGGGAAGCUUAGAACAAUUGCUUCCUCUUCUCACCACACGGUGUUUGGGUUGCAUCCUUGUUCGCAAAUUGAAUGCGGUUGCUUACUAAAUGCAUACAACUAAGACAAUCAGCAUCUUGGCUCUUUUCCUGUAUGUCAGUUAUCUAACUCCCUUGUCUUUCUGGGUAAGAGUUAGUGACAUGUUAGUCAAUCUAAAAUACUUCAGGUGUCACACCCAGAUCAAUUUCAGUUAUAUUCUUAGUUUUGUUCAUACCAAGGCACUGUGCAGGCUGGUUCUUUUCCUGCCAGGUUAAUCUUCAUUCAUUUUAUUUGGGUUUCUGUUGCCUUGUGCAGUUCUUGUCAAUAAGACAUUUCCAUCCUCCUGUGUGUUUCCAGCUUCCUUCCUUUUGUUCUAGCAUGGAGCACGGUCUGUCCUUAAAUCAGCUUUGCAAAAUUAUUUCAGUUUCACUAAGCAACUACCGGGGAGCUAUUUCCACAGGUGCUGGAACUAAGAGUGAUAUCGCACCUCGGACCUUGAAAUGGUUUCUGUUAUAUACAGGGUUUACCAUUAGGUUUAAUGGCUCUCAGCACCCCCCCUAUAAAAAUUGUUCCAGUACCCCCUGCUUAUUUCAUUUUGAAAACACUGUUUUGGUGUUUCUGAAACAUGAUUUUUCAGAAUCUCCAGUUCAUGGGAAAUUUUGAACGUUGAAAUUUCCCAUGACCUGGAAAUUCCAAAUUUCAGCCAACUGUAGUCCCAAGUUUAAUUCUGCUGUCUUCUCUAUCUCUUCUGUAAGAGGACCACCACAGGAAGCAAAUCCCUUAUAAUGCUAAAGUGUGGAGGUAAUUUAUGUUCCUGUGUGGCGAACGGAAGGCUGAAAAGCCUAUUGUGGAAAAUGUUGGGGAAGGAGUAAGUACAAAUAAUGUUUUAAGUGCUGUGUCUCAGCUUCAUUUUUCUCUGGCCAUGCUUAACAGUUACUAUUAAGGCCUUAAUACACCACAACAUUGUCUAAUGUAUCCCGUUGCUGAUAGAGAAACUGAUUGUGAUUACUGGCCCCAAAACAACUUGAACUGUGGGAAGUUAAGGUUUAUUAUUCAAGCAUCCUCCCUGUGAGCAUUGCAAUUCAUUGUUUUAUUUGAGUUAAAAGCUGCUGCCUACAUUACAUUUUGUGUGCAUUGUAAUUUGUAUGCAGAUAGAUUGGACUCUGCACAAAUCUGGCUGUUUCCUUUAUAAAGAGAAUUGAACAUACCAACGGCAAUUACAAGGUGGUGUAAUUAAAGAUGUCAACCUGUUUACCAUAAACCCUGCUCUAUGACUGGUUCAAGGGGGGAAAAAAAUUCUCCGCUAAAACCAUGGGGUAGAGGGCCUUGGUGAUGGAGUGAUUCUGUGCAUGUUUCAUGUAGGUGGAUAUGCUGCUUGGGGAAAGGGAAGAAUGUUGAGAUUGAAGUUCUCUCUCUCCCC